CCCCAAACACAAACAACAACACCAAAGGAACAUCAAGAUUCGUAUUAGAGUCUCUUGUCACAGUCCAGAUCAUCGCGCCAGCUCUGCCCAGGCCAGCCAUACUAUCGCCAUAUUUGUGCCAGCAACUUGUAUUGCCAGCCCUCCUUACAUCCGGCUUCUGAAUAGACUUGUUCGUUCAGAAGCGCAUACCAAUAAGACCGACAUCGGUAAUCAUGGCUACCAUGGCAGCGGCUGCUCGUGAUAUCUCCCAGGCCUCCUUGAGCCGAGACAACUUAGCUGUUGUAGCGGCCCGAGGCGUCCCUGCGACUGUGACACGCUCUCAACAACCCCUCCCUACUCCCCCCAACUCCAUCUCUCCCAACCUGCCGCCUCACGGGCUUAAGGCGCAGCUCCAGAAAGCCAAGCUUGAGCCUAUCGACUCAGACCUGGACCUUCACGAGCCUUCGGAUCGACGACGAUCGAUCUCGCCAGCCCUCGAGGCCUCGGGUGCCAUCACUGGCUCUCUCCUCGCCAAAUACCACUUGCCGGAGAUCCUGCUCAGUCAUGGUCCCUUGGCUAUCCGACACAUUAUGGGGUACCUAACCACUUCGGUACCCGGAUUCUCGGGAAUCCCUCCAACAAAGGCGCGGAGACUAGUCGUGGGAGCUUUGGAAGGUCGAGGAGGAGAAGGCGGUGGACUGGACGGGGAGGUGGAAUUUGAAAAGGUGGGAUGGGGCCGCUGGGAUGCUCGUAAGCGAGGGGAGCCAUCUCGACACCGACAAGGUACUCCUCCAUCCUCUUAUGGGGCGGGAAUUCCCAUCACCAAGAAUGGCGGUCGGGGUCAAGGCCGCUACCGACAAAGCACUGCAUCGAGCAAUGGGGAUUCGGUUCAGUUUUCCCACGAAGACCACGAAAUUUAUAUGAUGGAGCAUGAGGCCGACAAGAUGUCCAUGGAUGGAUCCGGAUCCGCUUCGUGCUCUGAGGCUCCUGAUGACGAUGUCGUCAUGAACGACGACCCUGAGGAUGCGACAGAUGAUGAGGAUUGGGCCACCAUGGGAGCUGCUGCUCUCCGAGCUGAAUCCUACCCCAACCCGGCAGCGGCUCAGGUUGAGCAAGGCUUCCGGUCCUCUUCGGCGUAUACGCCAGGUGCGCUUCGUUCGUUCUCCGCCAGCUCCGGCAUGGCGCGCACACCGCAAACCUUCAACAUCGACUUGUCCACAGCGUUUACAGGUCCUUCUGGCGCACAGGAGCGCGAGGCUGUCGAGGCUCUUCUACAGCUCGGUGCUGUAUAAUAUUUUUCUGCAUGAACGGCGUUUAUUUGUGCUUUCAACAUUUCUGAAAGCAAUCGUUUUGGGGCUGGUUGGCUCAAGGGGAGGUCGUGUCGGCCCACAUCCCUGACCGAGGCGGCGACCUCUGGAUCAUUAUUUCUCUCACGAUGACACGGCUUUCACGUUUUUGUUCGGGCUUAUAGUCUUUCUUAAUAUGGGCUCGGUUUUUUUGGCGUCUUGGGCACUCGACGGCAUCUGGUCCACAAGACAGACUGUCGUCGUCGACUGCGAAAGGUCAGCAGGCGGGCAACACUCUCGAUAUACACGAACCGAAACUAUUCGAAUGUGUCUAUCACUGGAGUUCUUCAAUACUCGGGUUUAUUUCUUUUUAUUGAGGGGACACAAGUUGUCGGGGCGUCGCCUUCUGUCACUUGAAAUUCCUGUCGCUCCACGGGGGCUUUUCGAUUCUAGCCCCAAGGCGCAUACUUAUGCCGGGAGCUUUGGUUCCUGAGCGACACGACAACACCCUUGAUGGGGAGGGCUGGUCUCCGAUGUUGAGUCGUCUCUUUGGGGUAUUUGUUUUUUUUACAAUACCCAGUCAGCCCAAGUUUUUUGGCUUUUGCAACACACACAUAACCGGAUCUUACCGCUUCAACAGGAGGAUCUUGACGACCACUAUUAUUAUACCAUUUGUUAUGGGUAGUUGCAGCCAGUAUUUUUGGGCCUCGUUUUGCAACCUUCUCGUUUCUUUGUUUAAUCAAACUUUUUUCAUGGGCAUUUGAGGCGGGGAGGGUACGCAUCAACAUCAGAUAGAGAGGAGGAAAAGGGCCGAGGACAGGUCAUCUUGGAUGGACCCUUGGCACCUGAAUGGGAUAUGAAUAUCAUGCUUGGAACUGAUUGGGCUCGAACACUAUAUGCUCGCCCUCGUCUUUUGUUUGCCGAGGGCACAAAGACUGAAAAAGGAGUAAAAUCAUAUUGGUCAGCGAGGGAUUUACAUAGCUUCCUGGUCAUUAGUACACACAAAGCUUUGCGAGCUUUGCCAAUGGAAUCUUGAAUCUUUUCU